AGAAAUUGGUUUGAGCUUGUUGAGAGCCUAGUUACGAGGGGGAAACCAUAACCAUGGCCAGCAAAGGCAUGGAGGCAAGCGACAUUCUAAAGGUUCCAGAGGAAGAACAAGGUCGACAAGAGACGCGUGGGGACGUGAGAAGGAAGAGAAGGUUGAGGGCGGUGUCACCAGCGUCAAAGGACGUCAUGAUAGCCUUUGAGGGAAGGCUAGCCAAGAUGGAGUUAGCCAUGGGGGACGUCCACGAGCAGCUUAACACUCUUGACUUCGAGGAGGAGGAGUGGUGCGACGAUGUCGAAAGACUCCGAGGUAAGCUUCAAGGUGCCUUCAACUCUUUUAUUGCUAACAUGAGUAGGGCUGUAAAAGAGCUUCAAGGGUCCCUUGCAAGUAGUGGUGGGGCUAGUGUGGAGUCCAGUCCCGCGAUGGAGGUCAGUCACACGGCGAAGUCCAAGCCUGGGGGGGCAAAGGACAUGGCGCAAAUCUCACACAACUUGCAGCGGAGGCAAGGGAGCAAUGCCUCCAAGCUAAAAGAGUCCAGCCACACGAUAGAACCCAAGCCUGAGGAGGCCAGAGACGUGGCACAGGACAUGGGCGACUCAUGGCGGCAGCAGGGGCUUUGGUGGGGGAAAGUGUCACGGUACGUGAGUUUGAGGGCCGAAGUCAAGGGCAUCAUGGCAUGGAGCUCCAACCACGGGCACACAGGGGGAGUGUGCAACGUCCAGGGGGCAUGCCAUGCAGCGCCGCAGAGUGCGCAAGGUGGAACGCUCAAGAGGCAGCGGGCCUUGCCAGUGGAGGCUUCAAUGCCAAGGCCAUUGCAUGAGGCUGUGGGCAGGACACGUGGGAGUGUGCCGGAGCAGUCGGGGGCAACAUGUGUGUGCACGCGAGAGUGUCCUAGCUUGAGACACGGGUGCACACACGGGCAACCUAGGUCAAGAUGCUCGCACGGGGGGGUGCAAUCAAGCUCGAGGCAUUGGCGCACAUUGGAGCGGCCAAGAGCGUCCACAAAGCGUGCAAUGCCAGCGGUAGAAGAAGUGUCGACACGCAAGAAAUACACAGGGAUAUGGUGUCGACACGUUUGCGGCAGACUAGAACGGUCUAGAACUCUUUAGAAGCUGUUGGGCGCACAGGAAUAGUUCCAGACAAGGGUCUGGAAAGGCUUAAUGGGCCAAGCCCGACCUGGGAAACUCCUGGGGCUUUGUACAAAAUUCUAGAAUGGGUUGUUCUAGAAUAAUGUAGGACUAAGCUA